GGCGCCAUCAGUCUUGAUCUAGAACGACAGUCAAAUGAUUUAUAGCUUCCUGUAUCCCAUCCUCCUCCUCCUGGUCCAAACCACAAAAGCAUCAAAAAAGGCUGGUCAUUCCAGAAUCAAAUCAGCAAAUGGCUACCUCUACCAAGAUUUACUUAACCCCGGAGAAUAGUGGUGUUUUCAGCUCAUCCGGACUGAGCUGGGCAUCUGCUCGCAAAGUGAGCGAGGUGCUCCAGCAUGACAUGGAGAAUCAUCACAUCUAUCGCAAUGAUAUUGAGUUUCACAAUCAUCUUGUGCACUUCAUGCUCACGAGCUGGGCCUUGGGAGCCUCCCCCGAAACCAUCGAGUUACAGUAUAAACGCGAGGCGAAAUGCCAACGACCAGCAUUUCCCCGGGACGAGGCCAGAAUCCAGUCGUUCGCCGACAAGAAGGAAUUCAUGAAGCACCUGUACCACGAGGACCAAUAUUCCAACUACCUGGCCUUCUUCCAGCGCGUGAUCGCGGAAAAGGGGGUCGCGGCGGUCGUCAACGAGUACCUCUUCGGCGGCGACGAGCUGGCGGAGUCGCUCCUGUCCCGGCUGUUCGCGGGCCUCGUCCACCCCAUCAUCCACCUAGGGUUUGGGAUCGAGUUCCAGCAGCCGGCGAUCGUCGCGCAGGCGCUGGCCCAGGCGUCGGUGCACCAGGAUUACCUGGGCGGGGACUUCUACAAGCCCGCGGCGGCGGCGGCGGCGGCGGCGCGCGCCCCAACCCCAACCAAGACACUCAUGGAGAUUAUGGACGAGAUGCGCGCCAACCAGACCCUCCGUGAAGCGGCCGUUCAUGGUGACUCGGAGGUCUUCGCAGACGGUAUCUUGAAGCGAGCCGGCGCCGAGGUCAUCCGGGCGUGCUCUCAAUGGACCGUCCCUGAGGACAAAAUCCGCGAAAAACUGGGGGAGAUGAUCAACGCCGCCAUCUACUGGACUGCGACCGCGCAGCAUCCGCAGAAGCAGUUGAAGCUCGACUUCUUCUUCAUCCACGCCGUGAACCUCGCCAUUUUCUUCCAGGCGUUCACGGACCUUCGGUACCUGAGCUCUGCCAACAAAGCGCGCCUGCUGGAGAUGAAAGGGCGCACGGAUCUGCUGAUCUGGGCCUCGCGCAAGAUGCCGGAGCCGCAGCCCCGCGAUGUGCUGAAGUAUCCAAUCCACCUGGGCUGGCCCGAGGUCUUCGCCCAGAGCUACCUUCACCCCUCCGAUGACGGCCACCUGUCCAAGUUUGUCCGCACCGUGGCAGCCGCCGAGCAGCUGUGCCGACCGCAAGAAUCGACAUGGGAUCUCCCCGUCCGAGGAGACAUGUGGCUGCAGAUCGGGAAUAUGGCUGUGGACUCUGUGGGCAUCGUUUCCGAGGAUAUGUGGGUUCGUGGAUCCGGGUUCGAGGAGUCCUGGCAGAAAUUCAGGCCCCGGACAUAA